AUGCACCUCAUAGAGAAAGCAGAAGAGGACAAUCGAACGGUCAUCACAGAAUUCAUCCUCCUGGGAUUUGGGAAUCUCCCUGAACUGCAGAUCCUUCUGUUCCUGGUUUUCCUAGUGAUCUACAUUGUGACCACGUCUGGAAACAUCCUAAUCAUUGCGCUAGUUGUGGCUGAUCAGCACCUUCACACCCCCAUGUACUUCUUCCUGGGGAACUUGUCCUGCCUGGAGACCUGCUACACCUCUGCCAUCCUGCCUAGGAUGCUGGCCAGUCUCCUGACUGCAAUGCUAAAACUCUCCUGCAGUGACACGAGCACGAUCACACUGGUUAGUUUCAUACUCACCUCCCUAGACUUGCCUUGCCCAUUUCUAUUAACUGUGACAUCCUAUGUUUGUAUCAUUGCUACUAUCCUGAGAAUCCCUUCCACCACCGGGAGGCAAAAGGCCUUUUCCACCUGCUCCUCUCACCUCAUUGUGGUUACAGUUUUCUAUGGGACCCUAAUAACUGUGUAUCUGCUACCAAAAACCAACAAACAGAUAGCCCUGAACAAAGUGUACUCUGUCUUCUACACAGUCCUGAUUCCCCUGGUCAACCCCCUCAUCUACAGCCUGCGAAACAAAGAGAUGAAGGAGGCCCUGAGGAAAAGUCAUCAGUUAAUAUAUGUUGCUCAAAUGAAUUCAGAUGGAGUCACUGAUCUGUGA